GAGGGCAAAUAAGUAAUUAAACAUUUUAGAUGACAUAAUUACCCAAAUACUAUCAUAAAAGUUGAAUCAAGGAAAAAAAAACAUAUUUAUAGGGAUGUGUAAGUAAAUAGGGUUAGUAUAAUUGUUUAAAUAUUUUAAUUUGAUAUGAUUAUCAACAAUAGACGCUUUGGCCGAGUGGUUAAGGCGUGUGCCUGCUAAGUACAUGGGGUUUCCCCGCGAGAGUUCGAAUCUCUCAGGCGUCGUUAAAUUUUUACUUUUUAUUUGGCGCCAAACUUCAAUUUUCUCUCUCUUAUUUCAUCAUUUUUUCGUGUUUUUUUUUCCCCCUUUUUUUGUUGCUAAAAUGAGAUACUGUCAGAUGAAUUUAUCUGGGUUUUAUCAGAAAUUUUAAAAAUCCAGCGAAAACAAAGCUAUUAUGAAGUUAUCAGCAUUGUUUAGGCCAUAUAAGUUGUCAUAUGAUGAACUUUGCUCAGUUUUGCAGCGUUGCACAAAGUCAAAAUCAUCAAAUUUAGCCAAGCAAGUUCACGGGAUGUUGAUAAUAAGUGGGAUUGAUGUUUCAAGAAUGUCGUUGGAUGCAAAAAUUUUGGGUGUAUAUGCAAGUUGUGGUAAUCUUAGGUAUGCACACCAACUGUUUGAUAAAAUGUUAAACCCAAAUGUUUUUGCUUUUAAUUGGAUGAUUUCGGUGAUGGCUUUUCAUGGAAAAUGUGAGGAGGCAAUUGGGUGUUUUUCUUUGAUGCAAAAGAUGGGAACUUUACCUAAUAAGUAUACACUUUCGUUUGUCUUGAAAGCUUGUGUUGGUUUGUUGGAUUUGAAUAAGGGAAUGGAAGUUCAUGCUGUGAUGAAUAAAAUGGGUUUUGAGUGUGAUGUGUUAGUUUGCAAUGCUUUGAUUGAUAUGUAUUGUAAAUGUGGUAAGAUACAGUAUGCUCGAAGGGUCUUUGAUAGAAUAUUGUGUAAGGAUGUAGCGUCUUGGACGUCCAUGAUUUCUGGAUAUUGUAAUGUAGGGAAACUUGGUGGAGCAAUUGGAUUGUUUGAGCAGAUGAAACUGGAAGGGUUGGAGCCAAAUGACUUCACAUGGAAUGCCCUAAUAAAUGGGUAUGCUCAGAGUGGAGAUCGCGAUGGUGCUCUCGAGCUUUUCUCUCGAAUGACUAGAGAAGGGUUGUGUUGUGACUUGAUUACAUGGAAUGCAUUGAUUUCUGGUUUUUCUCGCAGCAAUCAACCUUUUGAGGCUCUAAAAUUGUUUAGGGACAUGUUAGUAGCUGGAAUCAGACCCAAUCAUGUAACUGUGACUGGGCUGCUUCCAGUUUGUGGAUUGAUGGGAUCAGUUCAAAGAGGAAAGGAACUUCAUGGUUUGAUAUACAGACUGUCCCUUGAAGUCAAUGUCUAUGUGGCUAGUGCUCUUAUUGACAUGUACUCAAAAUCUGGAAGCGUCAAAGCUGCAAGAACUGUAUUUGAAGGAACUCGUGUCAGAAAUGUUGCGUUAUGGAAUGUUAUAAUUGGAUGCCUUGGGAAGAACGGUGUUGUUCAUGAAUCCCUGCGAUUGUUUGAAGAAAUGCAAGAACAAGGUUUUCGGCCAAAUGAAGUGACUUUAGUUUGUGUUCUUUCAGCUUGCAGCCAUGGUGGGCUAGUUGAAAAGGCUAUGGAAAUCUUUAGGUCCAUGAAAGAUAUAUAUCAAGUUGAGGCCAACAAAGAGCACUAUGCUUGUGUUGUUGACCUUUUAUGUCGUGCUGGGGAUGUGGAAGAAGCUUAUGAAUUGAUAAAAAGGAUGCCAAUGGAAGCUACAGAAUCAAUUGUUGGGGCUUUCUUCAAUGGGUGUAGUGUACAUGGAAGAAGAGACCUAGCUGAAAAAAUGGCAGACAAUCUCUUGAAAGUAGCCUCAAAGAAACCCGGAGCUCUUGUGACAUUGUCAAACAUACAUGCGGCUGGAGAAGAGUGGCAAGAAGUCCAAAAUGUGAGGAAGUUGAUGAAGGGGAAAGGGGUUUACAAGAAGCCAGGUUUCAGCCAACAGACAGGAGAAAUUCAUCACUCAAUUUUGAAGUCAUAGGUAGAAAUAAUGUUGUCUAUGGGCCAGAAGAGUUUCCUUUGGAGCAAAAGGAUGGACGACACAAAGACAUUGCUACAAAUGAGGAUUCAGGGAUGAAGCUUAGCAUAUAGAUGUAUAGUAAACUGA